GAGCCGGUCACGUGGGCGGCUAACUUUAUUCAGUUGACAGCAAGUAGGAGGGCUCUGUGGAAGGGGGGAAAAAGACAACACGAGAAAAAUUAGUAUUUUCCACCUUCCGAAAUUAAUGGCCAUGAGUUCGUAUAUGGUGAACUCCAAGUAUGUGGAUCCCAAAUUUCCUCCUUGUGAAGAAUAUUUGCAGAACAGCUACCUCGCAGCUGAGCAGGGCUCCGAGUAUUACGGGGCCUCGCCAAGCUCGGACUUCCAGCCUCAGGGACUCUAUCCACGGUCAAACUACGGCGAGCAGCCGUACAGCUGUAGCAAUGCCCAAGGCUCUGCCGCCGUGCCGCCGCGGGGUCACGGGCAGGAGCAGUCCGGGCCCCCGAGUCAUUUCCCCGGGCAUGCUGAGCACUGUCCACCGUCUGCCCUGCCAGCCACCAGGACCUGCACCCAGCAGCCGAACCUUAAAAGCCCCAACGGGUCAGCAGCAGCAGCAGCACCAGCAGCCUCUUCAGUAGCCGCAGCAAUCAAGCAACCCGCGGUGGUUUAUCCCUGGAUGAAGAAAGUCCACGUUAACUCGGUGAAUCCUAAUUACACCGGAGGAGAACUGAAACGGUCGAGGACAGCUUACACCAGGCAGCAAGUCCUGGAACUGGAAAAAGAAUUCCACUUCAACCGGUAUUUGACCAGGCGCCGCCGGAUCGAAAUCGCUCACACGUUGUGUCUCUCCGAACGCCAGAUCAAGAUCUGGUUCCAGAACAGACGCAUGAAGUGGAAAAAAGACCAUAAACUUCCUAACACGAAGGGCAGGGGAUCCGGUUCUGCCUCGUCGGCCUCCAGCCAACACUUACAGACGGUUUCCAAGGAGCAUCAGACUGAGUUGACAACUUUGUAAGAAACUUGGCAAACGGGUCCGUUUCAGAGGCUUGGUUUGGAACUAAAACUGCCCUGGACAGACGUAGACAAGUUGAGAGAGAGAUUGAGAGAGAGAGAGAGAAAGGCCAAGAGAAACUAAAGAAAUAGAUUUACUCUCUGACUAAGCAAAAACCUGCGCCUAGCAGGGAACCACUGCCGAAGUCUCCUCUUGCUUUAAGGUACCAGAGACAAACCCAACCAUAAGGGCUUCACAGGAAGAAUGCAGCUCAGCAGAGCCACUCAAACGAACAAACAGGCAAACACAAGCUAGCAAGCAAACUGCAUCCAGGAGAGAAAGU